AAGCGGUCGUCAGAAAGUGACAGCUCGAACUGUCAGCGGUAUGCAAACCGUCGCGUUUCUACUGCAAAUAAGUGUUUCAUAACGAAUCGAAAAUACGGUUGAACCUCGCCAAGGAGCUAUCUGUUGUUUGAAAAUUGAAAACGGUUUGAGAAAGAAGGAUUAACGGUGAAAAACGUGAGACAGUGCGAGAAACGGUGGGUGUGCACGUAAAAGAGAACGGCUUGCCGGCUCGGCCAGUCUACUGGAAGAUUCCAUUGUGAAUGGGCUUUCAAAAAGUUUUAUCCCCAAAAAGUCAGUGUUUUCGUGAGUUCCAUCGUUCGCCUAUGGAUAAAAGCUGAAUACUAAGACAUUCACAUGGAUUAACGGGAAGAUCGUUGUAACCCGAGGAAAUCAAAGGCCAGCGAGAAGUGACGUGUAACGAUGUAAAGAACAAUGUAAUCCGUUGCCAUAACUGCAACAAACCGAGAAACAAGAAACGCGGCGAACAGUGCGCGACGUGAAAGAAGCAGCAGAGAAACGGGGAUCGAACGGAAGGAUAAUCGGAGAAGGAAAAGUGGUACGAUCGAUCGGUUCCUUAAAAAAGUGUCCGAUCGAUCGUUUCCUUUCAAAGUUUUGUCCUAGUCUCGACGAGAUUAACGAGAAAAAGGAUCCCAGAGAGGUGACUCAACUUGUAUCAUAAGUAUCAUAGAUUCUAUUAAAUUACACUGUUUUGAAUCGCGAUCGCAAUCGCGUGGAGAAGCUGGUGUCGGUCGGCGAGGGAAAAGAAUUGAAGUGGACAGAAGCGGAUACGUAGGAGGAAAAUCGAGGGGAGAAAAGGGAAAAAAAGAGUAUAAGACGAGAUGUACAGAGAUCCGAAUAGUUCGACGGGAAGCGGCGCCUCGACAAAGGGCGACGAGGUGGAGAUCGUUAGCAGAUUUUUAGCGCCUUUGUGCGCGAGGGAUGAAACUGCCAGGAACAUCGCCCUGGCGGCGGCCAGGAACACGGUCGAGGGGUGGCUCGGUGGUGUUGGAAGCCCGAAUCACUGGGACGACACCGGUGAGAUGGAGGACGCCGAGAACGUCGGGGGAAAGUUCAAGAGCCAAGAUGGAAGAUACGACAUGAGCAUCGAGCGAUCGCCGAGCAAGUCAGCGCCGAAAAACGUGCAGGCAGUUGGUCAUCAGCAACAGCUGGUCCAGGACACCUUCAGAACGGAGGGUUUCUUCCCACAGAGCGUCACCGAGAUCCCUGCCUUCCUGGAGGACAACAGUUUGGAGUGUUCCGAGAGAUAUCCUUCGGGUUCGUUCGACUGUGUCGAUGGACGUCUGGUGAACGAUACUGGCUACGGAACACCGAACGAGAGGAGACGAUACGGGGCUGACGUGGACAGCUACAGGUCCAGUCAUUCGACCUCGUCCGACGAGGGGAAGGGCUUCAAGAUAGACACGCAGGAUCGAUGUCUCAGGUUUAAGGAUAAUUCGGAGACGCGUUUCGGCUCGAGCAACGAGAGCGAGAAGAAGUACCUUGGCUCAUCGUCGAACGAAAGAUUGAACGAGGUGUGCCUCGAGGAUAGGCCGAGAACGAAAAACUACGUGAAGGUGAAAGGUGCCAAGCAGAAACAGCUGGAGGACGACGAGUUGGAUUCGGACACCAGGAUCUAUGGGAAGAGUCCAAAGUUCGACGAGAAUUUGGGCGCGAACUUCGAUCGUAGAAAUUUGAAUUAUCGUUCGAAAGGGGAUAUCCUGACGAGAGAUCGUCUGUGCUACGACAACGUGGACGACAUAUCCUUCGACGAGGCAGAGAUCAGCAUCAGGAACCGAGGUGACGGGGUGGUGUUCAACACUUUGGACGGUUUUGAAAAUGAAAACGCGAACGAGAUUUAUCAUAGGCAGGAAGAUAAUCGUGCGGAGGAUAUACAGGUGAAAAAUUUCGAGAUUUACACUGACGAAUCGUUGGAGGAACGUCAGCGAUGCGCUCGUCCUGAACAGCCGCAAGAUUAUCUUCGCAAGAACGAGGAGAGGAAGUUCAGCGCUGGACAGAUCAAGAGACCACUCUCGCAGGACGAAGAUGUCUCUUCGAAGAGUGGCAGGGUACUGGAGAGUCCUGACGUCACUCCUGGCGACGUCGGCAGGAUGCUUAAUCUGGGAAACGCUCUGGAUGGUCCGAGGCAAGCGCAGGCGAACAAGUAUCUCAGCCUGGUCACGUUGCAUCUGCCGGUGAUAUUGAGACUCAGCGUCAACUGCCCUUUCCAGAAUGUUAGAAUCAAGUGUGCGGAGAUCCUGGAGAUGGUUAAGGAUAGAGGACUUCCAGUGCCAGUACCAGCUUUCGAUGGACCUAGUGCCUUCGUUCCUACAUCAGAGUUGCCAGAUCUGAACAACCUCGAUGAAAAGACUCAUAUUCUGUUGAUGGAUGCGUUCCUCCAGAACAACAGGCUGGAUCAUGUCUCCAGGGUGAUGGCCUCGCAUCCCUCGUACUUGGAACACUUCCUCCGUACCCAACAUUUCAUCCUGAGGGGCGAUGGACCGCUUCCUUACGACUACAGGCAUCUUAUCGCCAUUAUGGGUUUAACGGUUUGUUUGCAGGCCGCUGGUAGGCAUCAAUGCAGCUAUCUUAUAAACCUACAGAAGGGAGAGUUCCUUCUUCAAGGCGGCGAUCCGUCUUGGCUCCAAGGGUUGAAAUCGAUUCCAGGAAAAUUGCAAGAUCUCUAUGAGAUUAACAAGAUCCUAGCCCAUAGGCCGUGGCUAUUGAACAAAACGCACAUAGAGAAACUGACCAAAGGCGCGGACAGUUGGUCCUUAGCCGAAGUCGUUCACGCGAUAGUUCUAUUGGCCCACUUUCACUCCCUUUCGUCUUUCGUCUUUUCCUGCGGGAUCAACGAGGAACUGGACAACGUAGCUGGACACCAUUACAAAGAGAACGUCCAGGAUAAUAGCAAUAAUGUACCAACUGCCAAAGACAAGAUUUCCAGUAGUCCCAAGAAGAUUCCCAAUGGCGAUGGCAAGACUGAAAACAUGCCGUCGCCACCGUCCUCACCGAGCAUAGUCGGCGAGCAGGAGGUCGGCGUCGAAGCCCUCAUGGAGCGUAUGAAACGUUUAUCAGAGAAGUCUGAAUCGUAUCAGAUCACGCAGGAAGAACUGUCGAAGAGAUUCGAAACUGUGGAGACACAGUCAGCGGAGCUGGCAGCUGCGCCGCAGAGGAGUAGCUCGGUCCUCGACUCUGACAUUGGUCAUUUCAUCGAGGAUCCCACCUUCAUUUAUCAGGACUUCGCCAAGCGAGGCCAACUGAACGACAUACCGACUUUCCGCGUGCAGGACUAUUCUUGGGACGAUCACGGUUACUCGUUGGUCAAUCGUCUGUACAACGACGUUGGUAAUCUGCUGGACGACAAAUUCAAGACAGCCUACAAUCUUACGUAUUACACGAUGGGCACGCACAGCAAAGUUGACACCUCCCGGUUCAGACGGGCCAUCUGGAAUUACAUUCAAUGUAUGUUCGGCAUCAGACACGACGAUUACGAUUACAACGAGGUGAAUCAGCUGCUCGAACGAAGCCUCAAGACUUUUAUAAAGAGCGCCGUCUGUUAUCCGGAACGUGUCACCAAAAGGGAUUACGAUCGCGUCAUGAGGGAGUUCAAGCACAGCGAAAAGGUCCACGUGAAUCUGAUGAUCUUGGAGGCACGUAUGCAAGCGGAGCUGUUGUACGCGCUCCGCGCUGUGAUGCGAUAUAUGACCUAAGCGAAGCCUGUCGUCGUCGCUCCUUCGUCUACUUGCUGUCUGUCAGUUUUAUCGUCGGUUUAUUUUAUCGUGUAGCUCGCGCGCAACGAAUUCGCGAGUCAUCGUGGUCGUGGUCGUGAUCGUCUCACGCGGACUCUGCAUACAUCAGACACAGAGAGGAAACGAACGAACGAACGCGACACCGAUUCUCACGCAGCAUAUAAUAACAAGAACCGUAUUCUCACACGGUGGACACAUAUUCAAUCAAUAUUCAUACACAAUCAAUCAAUAAAUCCAUCCAUCCGUACAUAUAAUACAGAAGGAGUUCGCGUUACCAAUUAUAAAACACCCGUAUCGCGCGAGCGAGCGCGUCAACGAAGAAGAAAACCGGCCGAAAAUAUACGUUCGAGUGUCUCCUUUGAUUCAAGACGAUGCUGUUUGUUAUUUCUCGACGACAGACAUCUUUGCGACGAGUCGGCACGAUCGAUCGAACGGAGAAGAAGUUUGGAAACAAGGAAACGAGGCUGCGAGACGCGUGAAUCAUCGGACACGCGGAGGAAUUUACAGAAUUUCCAAAAGUUUCGCACCGUUCUUCUUAUUGAACGCGUUUUCUUUUUUCACUUUCGACACCCCUGGCGGGGAGGAGAAGACACGCGAGAGAGAAAGAGAGACGGAAGUGGAAUUAAGCAUUGAAGAUGGAAGAGAGAGAGAGAGAGAGAGAAAGAGAAAGAGAGAGAGAUUUUCAACGUUUGUUUUGUAAAUAGACACUCGUAUUUUUCUAUUUUUUGCGAGGAUCGUAGUGAAUUGUUAUUUGCACGUUUCGUUAGCGUUUCAGAUCUGUUACAGUUUUUACCAGUCCUCCUUCAAAUAUUUGCCCAACACUUGGUAAUAUAAAGCGAGUCGCUUUUUUAAAUUGUAUUUCCCUUUGGAUUUAUCCUUCGUAUUUCGCAUUCGUACAAUAGACCGUGAUAUUAAACUUUGAUCGCGACUUUUAUUAUUUCCUUCUUUCGUUCCGUUCUAAACGUUUUCCUUUUUGUCUAUUGUUUGUGAUCGCGUUGGAUAAUGAAAAAGCGCGGGCUUGUUUCGCGAUUAGUUAUCGAUCAAAACUCGAGUUUUCGCUGUUGCUUAUUUUUUUUUUUCCCCUAUUGUAUAACGAGACGAUUUGCCGAUGGCUGCAGUUAACGAUAAAUUAAGAAGUCUAUUAAUAAACGUUUACGAUUCGAGAUGACCGAAGUCGUUCAGUGAUCUCGUUUUUUUCCUCGCUCGUCCUCUGGGUACGUUGGUCGACUAACGCGUUCAGGGGUCGAGGCUGGAACAGUACGAACGAAUGUGAAGAAGAAAACUGUUGUCUUUCGCGCGCUAUGGUCGCGAUUCGCGCUGUACAUAAUUAUAAUACGGUUUUAACCUCGUUUAUUUCAUUGACUAUCGCAUCACGAGAAAAGUAUGUAAUUGUAAACGAAAGUGAGAAGAAGAAGAAAAGAAACAAAGUGUACCUUCGUUUCCAUCGAGCGUACAGAUGAUUUCAAACGUUUAGAUCGUAGGACGAUCUGCGUGCGCGCACGAUGCCCGCGCCCGUAGAGACGAGCAAUUGCCCCGUCGGCUGUGUUUAUUUUCUCGUUGGAUCCGACCGAGAAAUGGGAAGGUGGAAAACGAAAACGCGUCGCGCGCGAUCGCUCUGCCCGUACGGCCAAAUUUCUCUGUCUCUGUUGUAACCGGAAAGCAGGCGUCCUCGACGAGCUUACAAGCGAAAAUUUUCUUUCGAAUGUCACAUGUACGCGGGGUGUAACGCGAACAAGUACCGACGGCUAUGAAAAAGAAAGAAAAAUUACGGCAAGGACCAAGAAGGGGCGAAGCGAAUAAAAGAAAUAAUUGACGUAGAACCAAAAGAAAAGAAAAGUCGUGAAGCGGAUUUUUUUUCCAAGAAGUUUAUCAACGAAUUUUUCCAUGCCUUUCGUGUGUAGCAUUAUUUACCGUAACGAGGAGCUAUUGAAACGGAAGGGCGCGAGUUAGAAACGCGUGAAUCGGUUCGCUCCUUCCGACGACCAAAAAGAUGGUUGGCAAAAUGGUACAGUUGUACCUCGCGGCCGUAACGAUGCGAGGUGGACAGAGAGAGGCUGUUUAAAAUAAAUCAAAUCCAUAUUAAGUCGUUUAAGGUACACGAGGAUGUUAGGUAACGCGUGGCACAAAAUAAAAUUAAAAAAAAAAAAAAUAAAAAAAUAAAAAUAAAAAAAUACAAAAUGAAUAACAAAUACUAAUGAACAGAGAAGAGAGAAGACAAAGCUAUACAUCGCGAAUUACACGUGUCUGUGAUCGCAUAUUAUACAAUAGAAUGUAUAACACGUGCACACGCAUCGUCGGUAUGGAAAAGCAUAGAAGAUGGGCUGAUUAUAUGUUAGAUAUUAUAUUAUAUUAUAUUAUAUAUAUAUAUAUAUGUAUAUAUAUAUAUAUAUAUAUUAUAUAAAUACGUAUGUACGUAGAUACAUACGACGCGUAUAUACGUUUACUAUGAGAAGAGAGAAGAGCGCGUGCUAUGUUGAAAAUACGUACGAGCUGAAAGGUAACAAACAACAUGAAAAAUACGAGAGAUGUAUGUGUAGCGUUUGUAAUUACAGUGUCUCUUUAUUAUGUAACUGUGUAUGUGCGCUCUGGAAUUAUUGUACAUCCGCGUCGAUGUUCACCGUGUCUUCUCGAUCGCCAAUUGGUCUUUUUCGAAAAAGAUACAGAAAAAAUGAUACUUGUACACUCCGGUACUUUUUAAUAUAUAAAAGAAAAAAAUUCUGCUUACCAGUUUGAGAUGGAGAUACACGGUGAACAUUCGUAAACGGAUUCUAAACGCGUAGAAAACCAGCCGAUAAGCACACCAACGACUUUUUCGACCAACAGCGACGCGUUUGCCUCGUAAACGAUGUCCCCACAUAUCACUUGGAGAGUUUUAGAGAGGGCGAAUUUCGCGAUCAUCGCUCGCUCUUGCGCGAUCGAUUCAAUCUAACCACUUCCGUUCAAUAUUCUUCGUCAUUCAAUUAAUUAACAUUUAUAAUUUAUUAGAAAGGAUCUUGGUGAUUUAAAGGAGAAUUCGGUGUUCUCCUUCCAAAAGCCAAGAUUUUUUAUUUUAUAUAUUUUGAAUAUUUUGAAAAGAUGUUCUUUUUCAAAAACUUUCUAAUUUUAGUAUUCUAUAUUUGUUCAUAAAACGAGGAAUACAAAGGGUGUGGCUAGUUGCGCGGACAACAGUAUUUUGUUACUUUGCUUUUCAUUUUCUAUAAACUUUUUAAAUUCCUACUCUCUCUCUCUCUCUCUCUUUCUUUUCUAUCUUCUCACGUGUAUUGACACGCCUCGAUUUCACGUUUUUAUCCUCUUCGUCUUUCCCUAGCUGAUUGGGCAUCCGUAAUCUAUGCGCGAGCAGAUUAACCGUUUACAAGAUCAUGGUUUUAUCAAUCGCGUAAUUUUUAACAAUCAAGACUAGUAUAAUAUAUAUAUAUAUAUUUUUUUUUUUAUUCAUUUGAGACUCACGUUUGAAAUUUAGAAUAUUUUCAAUCAAAGUUUCUUGAAAAAUUGAAAAUUUCCUGUGUUAAAUCGUUAUUAAUCAAUGUUUCGUACUUAUACUAAUUAAUUUCGUAGACCAGGCGUGUAAACGGUUAUGAAAAGCGAGCGGGACCCCGGUCAAAGAGACUUUUUCGCUAUCGAGGCUCGACUUUCGCGUCGCCAAUUUUUAUACGCCGGUAAAUUAUACCUAUAUAAUAUUAUACCUCACCUGUAGACGAGAUCGUUCCUGCUCGAGAUCGAAUAACCGAGCGAUACUCUUGUACCUUUUUUCGUCGUCUCGUUAGAAUGAUCGAAGAGAAGCAAAAGAAAAGAAAAGAAAAAAAAAAAGAUAAUCGUUCUCUAAUCUUCGCCGUCUCUUUCUUCUCUCUGUCUGUCCACUCUUUUUCUUUCUCUUCGUCGAAUUUUUGCACGAAUCGCGUGCGAGCGAACGAUCGGGGAACUCGAUCGAGGGAAAGGUAGUUGAUUUUCUUUCUUUUUUUUUUUUAUAUUCUUUGGAAAACGAUUGGUGGUGAAACGUGUUCAUGGCGCGUGCUCUGUGCCCGGGCUGAUCUCAUAAAAUUAAUAAGCAUCGUUGUAGUCAGAAGAGAUGGAUAAGGAAUGUGUUCUUUUUUAAGCUUAGAGAGAAAAUGGGAGAGCGAGAGAAAGAUGGACGAGGAGAGAAGGGUCUUCGUUAUUUUUGUUUUUCUCAUAAACCCGUUAUCCUGGCGCGAGAAAGGAUUUCGCGUGAACCGGUCAAGAUUUUUCAUCUUCUUUCUUUAUUUUCUUCUUUUUUAAUUGAAAAAUCAGCACUGAAAAUUGGAGCACCAAGAGGGUUCCUACCUGUUUCUUUUAACUUCAUUGUUCUUUUUAUAUUUGACCAGAGCGAUCGCGUCAGGGUUUCGGGUGAAAAUUCGACGCCUCGAGCAUUCGUGGAGGUGGACGAGAAUUCAUAGAGAGAGAAAAUGAAAUUGUUGUAACGAUAGAAGCUCGAGCGAGGCGUUUGUUCUACGAAGUACCCAUACAAACACGAAAACACAUUCAUACACAUGAAAACAUAACACGCGGGGUACGUGUAUCGUUUCUUUGUCCUCUUGUUCUUCUUUUUAAUAAUAAUUUUAAUUUCGAUGAUAGAUCGACGGGCUUUCACACAAACACAAGCAUACAACACACAUAUAUAUUAUAUAUUACACAAAAGGUUGAACGUUGUUCUCGACGAAGAAGCGUUCUUCGUCUCGUGCGUGUUCGCUGUUGCGAGCUCGAGCCACCUCCGAGAGUCACAAAAAGAAAAUAAUGAAUGAGAAAGCAUCUUGCAAAAGCGUGAAAAGAAAUGGAACAACAUUUACAUGCCACCGCGUCGAGUAUGAUCGUGUGAUAAUUACAAGUGAUUUGACUAGGCCCUUCCAAAUGGAUUCAGUCGAUUAUAUAUUAUUAUUGUAUUGUCGUGUCAGGAGAUGUCGCGGACACGCUCGUCUCAGCUCGAAUACGCUCCGAUCCGUUUUAUCCAUUUCCUUUUUCCUCCUCCGUUUCUUAUAUAUCGUGUCUCGUAGCUUUACCGUUAUUAAAUAUCAGAGAUAUUUCCAUAUCUAAACCCGGAGAAUUCCAUUCGCGACUCCGCCUGAAACAUCACGAUCACGUUGAUUCGAUUAAGCGACGCGGUCAACGCCUAAUCUUAUCAUGGACCGUGGCGAGACGCCUUAUACUCGAAAUUCAUUCGAGACUCAACGACGGAAUUUUCUGGGACAACAGGACAAUUAAUUUCCUCCUUUUUCCUUGUUUGAAUCAUCGCUAUAAUUGAUUUUCCUAUAAUUGAUAGUUUUCUAUAUGGAAAUAAUUCUUCUGAGCGAUUCGAGCUGGUAUCAGCGUGACGCGUUUACGUGGAGGGUCGUAUGUGAUGUGAUUUCUUUUAUAUCAUAACGAAUGAUGAACACUCUAAGAAAUGUUAUAGUUUCAUAUAAGUGAUAUGUUAUUUGUCAUUUAUUUUAUCCCUUAAUAAAUGAUGUUAUAUAAAAAAAAA